AUGGCUACAGCAGAGAAGAUCCAAUUCAGCACUCCAUUACCAGUCACACCUCCGGGCAGCCUGAACCCGAGCCCGAGCCUAUUGCAAUCCGAACAGCCUGUCACGGCAGAAGACCAAACCGGCAAGAUGAAUUGGGAGAUCACUAAGACAUAUGAGGUAUCGGUUACUAGAGAGAAAUCAAGAAAACGGAGCGGAGAUUGUGGAAAUUCCUGGAGUAUUAUUGAGGAUCUCGAGCGUACAGGAGCACAGCUCCAUGACGCAGCUGGGAGACCCAAGGAUGAUAAUUCCGUGGCACGUGAACUUAGGGACGUAGAGGUUUAUAGCUCUGGAGCAGAUGCUACCAUCAUUGAGCCGUUAGAGAUGUGGGAGCCGCUAUAUAUGGGGGAGCCGGAGGUUUUUUGGCCUGACCCGUUUCCCGUCACCUCCCUUGAUGAGGCCUUCAGUGACACGUCCGACGACGUCUCCAGUGAAGCUUCUUCUGACCUAGCAAGCGAAAGGUCUUCUGAAACGGAAGGCAGUGUCGUAGACCAGGCUGGGGUGGCAGGAGGAUUGCCAGGACUUGAUCCUCGCAACGCGCAUGAUUUUUAUGACUUUUUCGACCCUCACUACGAUAUUAUAAAUCGACCUGCCUCUAGUUCUGAGGCCUUCACCUCUUCGCAUUCGAAUGUGCAAUAG